CUAAUAGAAUGUCCCCUCUGCACCCUACCCCAGCCCAAAUCUAACUUUCCCCAAUUAAGUGCAACCCUCUGUAGUCACAGAUCGUGCAGAGAUUGCAUGAGGCAGUACCUGAGAGUUGAGAUAACAGAGUCGAGGAUAAACGUCGCCUGCCCCGAAUGUUCGGAGCAGCUGCACCCGAACGACAUACGGGCCAUACUCAACGAAGAUGUCCACCUGUAUAAUAAGUAUGAAGAGUUUAUGCUUAGGAGGGUGCUUGUGUCGGACCCCGACGCCAGGUGGUGCCCUGCCCCCGACUGCAACUACGUCGUCAUAGCAACGGGCUGUGCCAGCUGUCCCAAACUUUCAUGCAGCAGGCCGGGCUGUGGGGCCACUUUCUGCUACCACUGUAAACAAUACUGGCACCCGUGCCAGACGUGUGAUGAUGCGAAGGCCGAGAGAUCGUCGAACCUCAGGUCAUCCUUCAGUCAGGAAUCAACUCCUCACAAUGACAUAAAAUCGUGCCCAAGAUGUCAGGCCUUCAUUGUGAAAAUGGACGACGGCUCAUGCAACCACAUGACCUGCGCCAUCUGUGGCGCUGAGUUCUGCUGGCUGUGUAUGAAGGAAAUUUCCGACCUUCAUUAUUUGAGCCCAUCUGGUUGUACGUUUUGGGGUAAAAAACCUUGGAGUCGCAAGAAAAAAAUUCUCUGGCAGUUGGGAACGCUCGUGGGAGCGCCAGUUGGUAUCACCCUGAUCGCCGGUAUCGCAGUACCCGCCAUCAUCAUCGGCGUACCAAUCUGGGUGGGCAAAAGGGUGAGCGCUUGUUUGUUUGGUUGUUACAUGACGGUUCACAAAAGAAACCUGGCAACCACUGGAGGUGUCCUCUCUUCCAUUCUUAUAUCACCCUUGCUGGCUGCCAUUGCUGUUGGGAUAGGGGUUCCGAUAUUGCUGGCCUACGUGUACGGUGUGGUCCCGAUCUCGUUGUGUCGCAGUGGUGGCUGUGGCGUGCGAACGACAAACUCCGGCGGUGUCAAGAUCGAUUUCAAUGAAACUGAAGCCAGGACAGAUGGCGCUAACUCCAAUAUUAAUAACAGUUCAGUUGUGCUGCUGCUCAUAGGCCCCAGCAUUGGAGAGAUGUCAUUGGUCAUGACUAACAGCCUCAGUGCGAGUGGCAGCCAUCUUGAUAGGGUGGGGGCAAUCAGAGAAGAUAGCUGCGAUAGGGACUCGGCCAGUCACAAAGCCAUGGCCGGAUCGUGCAUAGCUGAAAGUCUGUCUGGGAGU